CCGUAAUGGCGGAUGAAAAGGAAGAACAUUCCAAAAUGGAAAGACAUUCUUCAAAUGACAGUAGAUUGCUUCAUUUUUAUGAAGUAAAUCAAGAACACUGCAACAAUGAUAAAGCUUCCAAUGAUGAAAUAGUUUAUGAAGCUAGACUUGAAAAUGUAGACAAUUUGUCCGUAGGGGGCGGAGCUCCAUUGUCACAUGUGUCAAUCAACCAAACACCGGAUGUUGACAAACAAUGUCCGGAUAUGUAUCAACUGCUGAUACAGACACAAUUACUUACGCAAGCUUUGUUGAACAACCAAAGAACUGACACACCAGUGCAGAAAAAGACACAUGGCAAACGUACAUGUACUGUCACUGCCGGUGAUGACGUACAUGUAAGACCGUCAAGUUCCAAAAAACAAAGAUGUGAAAGUGGUCACGGACAGGGAUCACGAGUACAAUCUGAGUCUUUAGCACAACAUUAUGUAAAAGAACUAGAAGAACUGUGUCAGUCUCAAGACCACAAACAGAACCAAAGGGAAACAAGCCCUUAUUCUGAUGUAUCGAGUGAAGAUGAGUCAGAAAGCUCAAAUUCAGACAUUGAACUUGACGAACAAGAACAACCAGAAGUUCACAGUCACACUCCAAGUAUUCAUACUUCUAAUACAAAGAAUGACACUAUGUCUGUUAUUGAAGAUAUGAAAGGCUUCAUGGUAACUGAAGAGAAAGCUGGCCCAAAGAUAAAUGAUGAACUGGCAUCUGUUGUCAAUGAUGGCUUGAGAAAGAAGGCCAAGCAAAACAAAGUUGAUGAGCUAACCAAAAAGUAUGCAAAGCCAGAAAAUGUACACAGUUUGACAGUCCCAAAAAUUAAUUUGGGUAUAUGGUCACAGAUGUCAGUACCUAACAGAAUGAAUGACGUUAAACUUCAAAAAAUUCAAAACUUAUUGGGUAAAGCAGCGUGUCCUAUGCUUUACUUAAUGGACUUGUUUCUGUCUAAAUCACAAACUAAUGAUGGACUGUCUAGAGAAGAAGUACAGUCUGCAACGCAACUUUGUAAAGACGCAUAUCAGAUGACACAAGUGACUUAUGCAGACAUAACUUUCAGAAGAAGAGCUUUGAUACAAGCUGAAAUUCAACCCAAAUAUAAAGCUUUGUGCAAGGAUGAUGUUCCAGUAACUGAUUUUCUCUUUGGAAAUGACAUCAAAGAUAAAGUCAAAGAAAUGGAUGCUGAAUAUACAGUUGGAAAGAAACUGGGCAAAACCAAUUUUAAAAUUGGAAAGAAAUCACACGAUGACAAGAAAACUUUUAAGAAACCAUAUGUUCAUGUACCAAAACGUCAUUUUGACAAAACAUCAAACAAGAAAGAUUUUUUAGGGAAACCAACUUACAAAAAGAAAAAGUUCAAAAAGAAGCUCCAAGAGUAGGACAAGAAGUUCCUAUAAAAUUGCCAAAGCAAAAUAGUUUGCCUCAUGGUAGGAAAAGUAAUCCAAAAACUGAUUUUGGAAGAAGCAGAAUUAACCUUAAUAGCACCCUUGUGGAGCACUCAACAUUGGUUCCCUCAAAUACUGCAUCAUAUUGUUCAGGACUCUUACAUAAUACCCAGGAAAAAAGGACAACAGUUGUUGAUACUGCCAACAGACCCUCAAAAGAAACAUCCGUUGAAAAAACUGAUUUUGGGUGUCUUCAGAUUGUCGGGCAAAUUGUGCAAAAUACAGGACUAUCAAAAAAGGCUGCAGAAAUUGUCAUCUCAUCCUGGAGACAAAGUACACAAAAACAGUAUUGGACAUAUCUCAAAAAAUGGUGUACAUUUUGUUGUGAACGAAAGAUUGAUAUUUUUACGCCAACUGAGGUGGAUGUAGUGGAAUUUUUGACAGUUUUAUAUGAGUCAGGCGUAGGAUAUAGUGCUAUUAACACAGCACGAUCUGCGUUAUCAUCAUAUUUGACAUUGGGGAAAACCCUGCCAAUUGGUCAGUGGCCUUUAGUUAAAAGGUUUCUCAGAGGAGUUUAUAAUAAGCGACCAAUGUUUCCUAGAUAUCAGCAAACAUGGGAUGUUAAUGUGGUAUUAGAAUUUUUGAUUUCUUUAUCGCCUGUAAAGGUUUUGUCAUUGAGAUGUUUAACUUUGAAAUUAGUUAUGUUAUUAGCACUAGUUACUGGACAGAGAAUACAGACUUUACAUUGUGUAGAUUUAGAUUUUAUGAAAAUCACAAAAGACAAUGUUAUAAUUGAAAUUAAUGAGAUUUUGAAAACUUCAAAACCAGGAAAACAUUUAUCACCAAUAUGUUUGCCAGCAUUUGUUGAAGACUCAAGACUGUGUAUUGUAACUGUUUUAAAUGCCUAUAUCGAAAGAACAUCUGCAAUACGUACAUCUCAAAAACUUUUUGUUACAUUUGUAAAACCAUACCAUCAUCCUACAAAAUCAACAAUUAGUAAUUGGAUUAAAUUGGUUUUAAAACUUGCAGGUGUAAAUACUUCUAUUUUUAAAACACACAGUACUAGGGGAGCUAGUACAUCAGCAGCAUUUAGAGCUGGAGUGUCAGUAAAUUCUAUUCUUACAUCAGCAGGAUGGACAAAUGAGUCUACUUUUAGGCAAUUUUACAAUAGACCAGUUACUGUUCAAGAGUACAAUGAUAACUAUAGUGUACGAGUACUUCGUGGAAAAUAGUUUUGUUUUUGCUUAUAAUGUAACUAUGUUCAUGAUGUAUAUAAGUUAAUACAAUAUUAUUUGAAAA